AAGUAGCAAAGUCGAACGAAAAUUCACGGGUUAGUCUCCAAGAAUUAAUAAUGAAUAUUAUUAUCUUCAAGCUUGGUUCGAUGAAUCUCUAUGAGUCUGUUGGAUCACUUUAUCUUUAUCUGUUUCUCGCUAUUGGCGGUGGUUAUGGUGUGUUCAAAUCGAUGGGACUUGAUCGACUUUGUCGCGAUCGUUCAAAUCUGACUUCGAACGAGCUCCCUCGUUGGAGCGACGCGAUUUUCUUUCAUUAACGUUCGAUGAAGAGGUAAAACAAUCGUUUUACAUGAUUAAUUCGUUUCGCGUUGGCAUUCAGAGAAACAGACUUUUCAAUUGUUCGUGAUUAAUCCACACGAUGGAGCAGCUGCAAGAAACAACGCUUGUAUUUUCAGGAACUAGAAGAACAUUUACCUUUAAGAGUAGCUGCUAGUGAUCAGACCAUUUGCGGUUUUGCGAUGAGAUGAUCUCCUGCUUCGUUUAAUCGGGAGUAUAUGAUGGUAUCACAAGUAGAUCAAUAGACCAUAAAUGGUACAUUAGUUUACGAUAAACGGCAAAUGGUCGACAGAUGCGCUAGAUAGAAUCUAAUACUGCAUGAGUAUUUAUAAUUAAUGCGAUUAACAGAUAGUUGCUUGCUGCCGCGAGCCGAAGGUAACUGCGGCGAGAAGCAAUCUCGAUGGUACUUUGAUCAGUCGGAGAAUCGGUGCAUGCCAUUCUAUUAUACCGGUUGCGAUGGGAAUAAAAAUAAUUUCGAAUCUAGGGACGCAUGCGAGUCUGAUUGCCCGGCUAAAAUUGAGCAAGAUACCUGUCUCUUGCCCGCGCUUUUGGGAGAAUGCCACAACUAUACCCAACGAUGGUACUACGACUCGUACGAGCAACAAUGCAGACAAUUCUACUACGGUGGCUGCGGUGGCAACGAGAAUAAUUUCAUUACCGAACAGGAUUGUGUUAACAGAUGCCAAACUACUAUCACAACCCCCGCACCAUCGAGAGAAGUCGAAUUUAGACCUGACUUCUGCUUCCUUCCGGACGAGCACGGCCCAUGUUCGGAGGAACACGUCAAAUGGUUCUACGACAGCAGAGAGGGUGUCUGCAAACAAUUCAGAUAUGGCGGCUGUCAGAGCAAUGGGAACAAUUUCAACAGUCGCGAAGAAUGCGAUUAUCGAUGCGGAGACGUACAAGGUUUGCAACAUUGCGCGCAUUCUCUCACAGGAUUGAGGAUAAAUAAAUCUUCUUGCACUAGAAUAACAAAUCCGUGCACUCUGCCCAAAGUUAUCGGUCCCUGCAACGGUUUCGUGAGGCAAUAUUACUACGAUCAUCAGUCAGAUUCCUGCUACGAAUUCGAGUACAGCGGCUGCCAGGGCAACAAGAAUCGCUUCCAGGAUAAAGAAUCCUGCGAGAGCAAGUGCCAGAGACGUAGCCGAACAGAAGUAACCGCGCACGUCACGUCUGCUCCGGUGGAAACUAGCUCGAAAAAUCCGAUCUGUUACACGACUGUGGAUCCUGGAUCUUGCAACGGCGAUAUCACCGCCUUUUACUACGACACACGCAAUCAGAUGUGCCAGGCGUUCAUCUAUGGCGGCUGCGAAGGAAACGCGAAUAGAUUCCAAACGGAGGAACAGUGCGAACGUCUCUGCGGAAGAUUCCAUGGACAAGGUAACACUAGAAUUACCAAAAUGACCAUUCGAAUACUUUUAGAUAUUUUAGACAUUAUAUUUAUUAGAUAUAAAAAUAUACAAGUGUUUAAUUUUAAUAUCGCUGUCCAGUUGAUCGCGGAUCGUUCGAUUUUGGUGUUAUUAUCUGAGAAACAUUUUUCGCAGACACUUGCAAUCUAUCGGUGGAUCCUGGCGAGUGCAGAGGCUCUUUCCAAAAGUACUUCUACGACCCGGCCAGUCGCGUUUGCCGCGAAUUUGUCUACGGCGGAUGCGAGGGCAACGCGAACAGAUUCAGCACGAUGGCAGAGUGCGAAUCGAUUUGCAUUCAUCACGAGGAGCCCGUGCCAUCUGGAAACGACACAAGCCUUUCCAGCCUGUAACCAACUGAUGUCAAAUUUUAAUGUAUUAUUUCACCUCUUGGUCCUCGAUGAAUUAAACAAAUCGAGAAGUUCUUUUCGAGGGAAUGAAGUUAACUUGCGGCAGAAAAUAAUUUUGUACGAUGGUGAUCCAGCGAUUUGUAAAGAGCCGGUCGACAGUGGAUCGUGCACGUCCGGUUCUACUAAGCGAUUCUACUUCGACGAAGAGCUGCAAACGUGUCGAGCGUUCAUUUACACCGGAUGCGGCGGGAAUCGUAACCGAUUCAAGACUUUCGAGUCUUGCAUUAACACUUGUCUUAGCACCACCAACGAGAUCGACGUGGACUCCGGGAAGGAUACGAAAGAUCCUUGCACGGAAGCUCGCGAGGAAUGCAACACCAUUCGCUGCCCUUAUGGCAAGGAGGCGUUCGUAGAUUCUCAGGAUUGCGAGCGGUGUCGUUGCGUGGACCCUUGCAGGACGCAGAUUUGUCCCGACGACACGAAAUGCGCCAUCACACUGGUCGCCACCAAGGAUGGAACCGAAUACAAGGGAGUUUGCAGAUCAGGUGAAAAAUCUCUCUGUUCUAUAUUUAAAACAAAAAAUUCUCUGCAUUUUUCUGAUAUUUUAAAGAAGCAAGUGAAAAAUAUCUUCGUUGAGAUUCGUAUGAAUAAAAUAUAAAUAACGCACAGUAUUAAGUACAAAUAAUUCCAAAUAUUCCCUUGCUCUGAGGUUAUCAGUUUUCUAUUUAUUAGUCUUAUUAUUAGUCUUGGUACUUUCA